AGCAGACGACAGUCGCGAGGGCCGUGGUUGGCGACGAGCCGGAACAUUCUACGUGCUGGUCAGUGCUGACAACCUCAACAGCUGGCCGGAAAUCCAUUAUUACAGACGAACCGAAACGUCAUCGCUGGGAUCGUCAACGACGUUUGCUUACAUAACACAUGGACUCCUGACUUCGUCUUUGACGUCAGCGCUCCUGGCAGACCUGUCGUCUGGUAACCAACAGACCGGAACCGUUGUCACUCUCCGGGGAAGAUGAAGCGGACUAACAACGGUUGUACCGUUAUGACGAGUUUGCAACUAUUUCACUGACGCGGAACUCUGUGCGAGGAAUUAAGAUUUCCGAACGAGGAAGUGUACAUGGACUGUCGAGUGUCGGUUAAUCCGUGUUUACAGAGAGGAAACGAUGAUGUGCAAACCAACCAGGGUUGUCUGAUCUCUGCUCCAGCUGACUGCGUUUCAUGAAACUAUUAAAUGAAACAGAAGUCUGGUUCGUGCCUCGUAAACUGUAGCUGAACAUUAAGAAAUAUUUUUCUUCCCUCCCGGACACUUUUGUUUUUAUUGUUGAUACUUCGGCUGAUUGACGAGGUAGAAGGAAACAUUUAGCGAAAUUUUCAACCUUGUUCAGCUUCAGCCAUCGUUUGUGACCCAACGGUCCGGAAUUGCAAGCGCGUGCACGGAAGAGACUGGUCUGGUGAGACGACUGCGAGCUGUUUGCUGCUGCAGCAAGCGAGCGGUUCCUAGAGAUCGGUGGCAGCGGGGUCAAGUGGUUUUCGCACAGCAAACGCACCACGACUGGUUUCCUUCGCACCGACUUGCUGCACGCGCGGCAGAUGCCUGUUGGACAUCGAAGGCCGACAACAUGCGCGUGGUGGACAAACCGACCGCAAUGACGGCGGCGACAACAACAACAACGACCGUCGCUGCCUCGAGCCUGACGUUCGUGUCUUUUCCAGGGGAAGACGACUGGUGCAAAGGAGAGGGAGGAGGAGGAGGCUACUCGUCUCUUAAUCAGCUGUCGUCUGCCGGGCUGCCUGACGAUGUAGUUAGUGAUGGCGUGGAGGAAGUGUCGGCGCCUGAAGGGCGAUGCAGCAGCCUUGCAGACGAAAUGGCUGGCGAUGGUCAGAGAGCUGACAAGUACAUCCUACAAAUUCCAUACACCGUACUUUCCAGCAUCGUCCAGUCGCUAGACGCGGACAAAGGAUGGGAAAGUUUAGCGGCAGCAGCAAAUUAUACCUUUGAGAAUAUUCGGCUGCUUGAGUUGGAGUCAAUGCGACUUCAUGGCAGCCCCACAAAGAGCCUUAUGUUGGAGCUAGGGAGUCGCAAUACCACUGUCCGACAACUGUAUGAUCGUCUUAAUGAAAUUCGGCGUUAUCGAGAGAUGAAGAUUCUGGAGGAUUAUGUAAAUGGUGUAGUUCCACCCCAGGCAUCUGCAAUGAGCAGCGGUUUAAAAGGACUUAAAUCUCAGGAUCCACCUGAUAGCAAUAAAGGAAUGCCAUCAGGUAAAAAAGAAGGAAGCAAUUUUGGCUCUAUGUCUAGUAUUUGCAGUGACGAGGUAAAUUUUAAUCAGCCAAAGUCGAGCAAUGAUGCCAAUGCAAGCAUGGAUUUACAGAAAGUAAAGCAGUACUCAGGAAAACAGAUUCCUGGAGGAAGUAAAAUUGCUACAACCUCCAGCUCUGUUUUGAACACCACCCAGCAACAGAGCAGUGGUAGACAGAUCCAGAACUACAUUAAGCCACCUGCCGUCAUUCCAGGAAAAAAUGGAUCAACUGCUGUCCCCUGUCUGAAAAAUGUCCCAGCUCAAGCAUCCUCCUCCCAGUGCAUCUCAUCCUUGGGUUCUCCUUUCAGUUCAUCUUCUGUUAGUUUGCCUAGCUCUGCGGGUUCUUUAUCCAGCUCCAAGGUCAUAAACAUGGAGAGCAUCAUUGAUUCUUCUGCCUACAGUUACAGCGAAGUUGUGGCAGCCACCAAUAACUUCAAUGAGGAAAACAAGAUAGGAGAAGGAGCCUUUGGCACUGUUUACUUUGGAAUAUUGCGGCACCUCCAGUGUGCUGUCAAAAGGAUGUCAGAGGCCAACACUGCAGAGACGACUGUUGAAAGGUCUAGUCAAGUCAUGAGGGAAAUGACAUGCCUACUCAAAUUCCGGCAUGAAAAUUUAGUGACCUUGUAUGGAUACGCUCUGGAUGGGCCUUCUCUAUGCCUGAUAUACCAGUACAUGCCAAAUGGUUCUCUAGAAGAUCGUCUCAUGUGCAAGAACAAAACUGCUCCUCUUAACUGGGCACAACGAUUGAACAUCAUGACUGGCGCAAGUCGUGGCCUUCAUUUCCUGCACACAAUGAGAGAACAGCCUCUAAUUCAUGGGGACAUCAAGAGUGCCAACAUACUUCUGGACAAGAAUUUUGAAGCUCGCAUUGGGGACUUGGGGCAAGCUGAGCAGGCAACAGGUUGUGAGAAAGGAUCAUCAUCACAAAGGCAUACGCAUAUAACUCGCGCUCAGGUUACCAGCAAGCUGUAUGGAACAAAAGCCUACCAGCCUCGAGAAGUUUUAGCUGGUGGAUCUCUAUCCAUUAAGGGGGAUGUCUUUGCGAUGGGGGUGGUAUUACUUGAAGUCUACAGUGGUGAGCAAGCAUAUGACAACAGACGAGAAGGUGGUCCAUUUCUGGCAGAGUAUUUUCACAACAAAGUAGAAGAAGCUGACCAAAAAGAGAGUGAACUGCUGACCUGUCUGGACAGUCGUGCUGGGGAAUGUCCUCAGGAGGUGGCUCUUAAGAUGUUACAUCUGAUCAUGCGAAGCAUAGACAACUUGAAGCGUGUCCGACCUGACAGCACUGAGUUCUUAAAGGAGAUAACUGCUGUGGAGAAUCUGUACCGGCAGAAGUGUGGAUUGGGAAGCACUGGGUCAGAGAGCUUGCCAGGCUCUGUGAGGUCUUGUCACGUGUCUCACACUAGCUCACCUCACAGCAUUGGCAACCUUGCCGGUGCACCAUCCCCACAGGACCAGCAACCUAACACCCAGCCAUCAUCCCUUUGUCAGGCUAGCAGAGACCAAGAACCUGUUGUGGACAACCGCUUGGCAGCCACCAGCCUGGUUCUAACCAGCAAAUAUGAGGCACACUUGGAUAAUCGCUUAGUUGCAAACAUGGACAACAGUGCCUUAAACUUCCAUGAUAAACACAUGACAAUGCUGUCCAGAAAGGAGAACAGAAGUGUUUGUAAUCAGGAUGAGGAUGGUAGCCUUUAUAAUCAGGAGGACAGUAUCAGUGCCACUCCUGGUGUAAGCCCUAUUGAAUUGUUCCCCAGAAACCAGCCUCUUCCACCUGCUUUCCGUCUGCAGCAGGAAUAUGACAAGCAGCAGAGUGCAGCAGAUAAGAGGCGUAUCUCUCGUUUGUCAAACUGCCCUGACACAAGGGAGCCUGAUGGCAAACAAAAUGAGAACAUUCCUGAAGCAGAUCCAGCCAAGCUGGCUGAGCUGGAGCGAUUUGAUCGAAUAAACCUUGGCCAGGGGCAAGUGGAAGGAGACCUACAAUGUGAUCCAAAGAAACUAGCUGCCUUGAAACAGUUUGAUCAGAGGCAGGAAAUUGCUGACCCCAGCAGUGUUUCUCAGCAUAAGCAGACUUCGUCAGAUGACGUUAUUUUGGAGUGUGAUCCAAAGAAGGUUGCCUACCUAAAGGACUUUGACCAACAUAACAUGCAGGAAAGACUUUCCCCUGGGCCUGAUAGGGUCAUGGCUUCAGACCCAAAAAAGCUGGCUUACCUCAUGCAGGAUGGUGGAGACAGUGACAAAAAUUGUGGAGGCUGUGCCAUGGAUGGGCACCAAGAAGUCAAUGCAGACUCAAAGUUCACAUUAUCAGCAGAAAAUGGAGUGAAACAUGUCAAUGCACAACAGGUGAAAUCUGUUGAACCCUGCUCUUUGUCACAGCAGCCAGUUCCACUUCAAGCAGUGGCUAAUAAUUUCAUCCAGAAUCCAUUACAAGAAGGCAGGUGUAAACUUCCUUCCUCUGCUUCAUCAAUUCCAUCCACCUCCGACCGUCCUAUGGCAUUAGGUGCAACUGAGAUAGCUGCCGCAGAAGAGGCCACUACAGUUGACCCCAGUUUGCUCCAGCGUCAGAGAAAUUUCUUUGAAAUGUACCAGCAGGCAAUGGCUGGAGAAGGUCUGGAGGAAGAAAAUGGAGUGGAAGAUGAAGAAUAUGGUGCCUGUGAUAUGCAUGGGGAUGCUGACCAGAUGCAACCCAGUUAUGACAGUAGGAGGCUGGCGUUUUUAAGUAAUGAGGCUGGGGGAGCAUUCCAUAGGGAGGAGUCUGCCUAUGGAGCCUCUUAUAUCCAUUCUCACCCUGCUCCCAGUGAGCAAGAUGAAGUCAGUGGUAAUUGAACCAGACUUAAAACUGAAAUGAGUUGUUACUGAAGUAUUGUUGAAUGGGACACUUUGCCUUGUGCUGUGAUGAGGAUAGUAUUUAAAAAAAAAAAAUACCAAAAGACGUGUUGAAACCAGUCACUUGCUUUUUGUUCUGUUAAUCAACUCCUGUAAAAUCUACAUUUGGGUUGAAACAAGCUGAGAACUUGGGGCUUGAAAGUGUCGGAAUCAGCUUGGGAUUUGGUUCAUGUAUUCUGGGCAUGUUUGCAUUCUCUAAGAGAAUGAACAUCUAUGAUGUCAAGCAGUUUAUCUGGAGUGUAAAUAAAGAGUACAACUUUCCCUACCACUACUAUCCCCAUAAAACUGUGUGACAGCUGUUAAAGAACACAUCAUACUCAUAAGUAUAAACAUUUAGUUCAUUUUUCCAUUAAGUGUUUAAUGAAUAGAAAUCAUUGCUUGUUAAGUAAUUCAAGGAAUGUCUGUGAUGCAUGAUAUACAAGAGGUGCAAGUAUUUUUCAGAUUGACUAUACUUCAGUUAAUUUUUUUUUUUUUACAUGCUUCUUUCAUUUGGGUUUGCAUGUAUUUUUGUUAGGGGUAUUUUUUCCUAGUACCCACACCUUAAAAGUCUCUUCAGUCUAUAUUCACAGUAUCAUGCAUUUAGGACAUCAGUCUUUCAGUGACCACUGCUUUUUUUUUUUACUUGUCGACUCUGAAAGGAAUUUAAAGGUGCUUCAUUUGAGAUGUUUGCCCUUAUGUGACACUUUCAUUGCACACAAAGCAUGAAAUCUAGAAUAAUCAGCUUACAGUACCAAAAAUGCCUCAUAGGCAGUUUUCUUUUUAUGGUCUGCUCUGUCCAGACUGGAAAAUUGUAGCUUUAAACCUGCUUAGAAACUGGAAAAUGUCCCCCCAGGAAGAAGAUACCGGAUUUAUCAGGGGAUGGCUAGAGGCAGGACAGGGGGGUUAAUUGGGUUCUACAUUCCUGGCUUUGGUCAAAUACAUUCCUUGGUCUCUGGGCAUGUCCUUCAGGUGUUGCCACCCUUGUGCAAUGCUCAGACCUUCACAAAUUUGCAGCUAGACAGACUGGCAAUCUUAUCAGACCUGCGUAAUGACCUGCCUUUCAUUAUGUCAGCUUUAUUGCUGUCAGAUAUGAAAUCUUGAUAGCUGACUCAGCACAAGAUGUACUCAGCAAGUACCCAGGACAGGAAUGCAGUAGCUAACACUGAUCUACUUUGGCACAGCUUUGCAUUUUUCAUGGCAUCCAUUAUGGCACAUCAUGUGAUUGUCUAAAUGAGUUGAGUUAUGGGCCAUAUGUUGGUGGAUGUUUCAAUUGAAAACACAGCAGAUAGAGUAUUCCCAGGAGUCACUUUACGCUUUGAAUCUAAAUUGUGGAAACUGUAGGACCUGAUCAUGUUCCAUUAGCAUAUUAUGUGUACCGAGGCAUACCGUUGUACUCCUUAAAAAAUUCCCUUUAUAGGGCAAUCAACAACUUCUAUUACAGGAAAACUAUAAGUAUACAGGCAGAAAGGUAAAGUCAGGAAGGGUCACUAAAUAACGUAACAAAGAGCUGCUGUCUGCUUGUUACCUGGUUUUCAGUUGGCCUUUGUUAGCUCAAAACCCACAUGACAGCACUAGAACUGUUUACACUCAUCAGAGACUCCAUUAAAAGUUGAGUUAUUCAAGCAAUAGACAGACUGUUGUUAAAUUGUGGUUCUUUUGUUUAAACAUAACAACUCCUAGUGUGUGUGUGUGCAUGCACACAUUUGUGAAUGCAUGCUUGCAUAUAUCUGAGUGGGUGGCAUGUGCAAAUAGAUCAGUUAAGCAAUGUGUACUUUCUGAAGGGUUAUUGCUAAACAUAAAUAUUUAUUUUCACACUCAUACCUUGGAGUUACCAUAAGCAUAAUUCUGCUGCAUGCAUGUGGUGUUGUACUGUAGCCAGUAUUUGGGUUUACAUCUAUUUACACUGAUUUAGCUGAUGGCUUAUGUUUCCAUCAAGCAGAAGACAAACAUAAAAUUGCCAUUCUUUGUUUAAUCUAUAAUUUAAUUGUAGCCAAAGAGUAAAUUACCAUCAGAAUCUAGUGUCACAUUCUAUUAGUGAAGCAUUUGUUUGCAGAGGCAAAUCUAUGGAAUUAAACAAAUACUGCACUUAUUUCAAACAAGCACAACUGUUAAUGCUUUUGCAUUUGGGUGCUAAUAUUUGCUAUUUUUCACUUGCAAAUAAAAUAUUCUUUUAAAAUUUCUUAUAAAAUUUUUAAAAUGACAGUACUUUUUGUGUACAUGUUGCCCUUAGAAUGUUGAAUUCUUUGCAACAUUUUCAUAUUGUAAAGCUUAAAAAAUCAUCACCUACUCCUUUCAUCGACCAGCUAGGAGACCACUAUAUUCCUCGUUAGCGGUAAACUCUUGCUGAGCAAUAGUGGUUGUGGCACAUGGAGGAGUAUUUAAAUGGUGAAACUGAUUGGCAAUGAGAUUGAAAAAAAGGCUUGGGAUACAACCCUUUUUUUCCCCCUGCUAUACACCGUAAUGUAGUUACAUGCCCACUUUUAAUGUAUGUUAAGUGCCUGUAUACAUGUUUGCAGCUUUUUCCUACCCUGCAUUGAAAAAAUGAAAAAUUUAGUUAAACGACUCAAACACUGUAAUUUGUACUCAUGAGUUAAUAAAAAAAAAAGCAGAA